AUGUCUGAAGCCGAAUAUGUAAAUUCAUUUGCAGAAUGGCAAGCCGAUGACUUGAUGCAAAACUGCUUGCAUUGCCACACAAAGUUUACAUUUCUGGUGCGAAAACAUCACUGCAGAUGCUGCGGAGGUAUUUUCUGUGCAAGCUGCAGCGACAAGUUCCUUUGGUAUAACCGACGCAGGGUAAAAGUGGUUCGUCGACAAGACGACCUUGAAGUGCCGGAAUUUCCGCCCUAUAGAACCUGUGUUUCGUGCAGCGAAAACUUGGUGCAACGAAAACUGGUUGUCACAAAGUGGGGCGAUCAAACCAGAGGAGGGUCCCGGAUCGCUGUGGACCGGUCAAACGCACCGUCAAGGUCGGAAUCUUUGCUGGGUGAAAGUAGUGCGGACCGUAUGCUAAGUGCGCCAAGCUCGUCUUCAGCGUCUUCUCUUCAAACCAACGAAGUUAUAAAGACCAUCGCUGUGGCGGGCGCUGCAAAGAAAAUGGAUGUGGAUGCCGAUCGCUGUCCCAUUUGUAACAGCGAUUUGGCCAAAUUGACCGACUCUCAGUCAGCCAGUCACAUUCAGAAUUGUGUGCGUAGUGCAGAGCUGACACAGCAGCACCACCAUCACCAGCAGACUUCGUCAAAUCCAGGGAAUUCUGCUUACACAAAAAGUCCCGUAAUUCAGAAUAGAAUGUUGGUUUACGUUGUUUCCAACAAGCCGGAUAUACCGUCUGGCACAGAAACGGAAUACCCAGAAUGUCCCAUCUGUUUUGAAGAAAUGAAACCUGGAAAUAAGGUUGGACGUUUAGAGUGUUUGUGCGUAUUCCACUACGAUUGCAUUAAAGGUUGGUUUAGGAAGAAAAGUCAAAAAACUAAAGCCGCUUCUUCCGGGUCAAUCACCAAGAACUUUUGCCCAUUACACGACGCCGUGUUUUAA